AUGCCAACACCAAUACCGCUAACGAAAGCCAAGAAUCCGCCGCCACUGCCACACGAGAUGCACAUCAACAUCAAUGCGCAUUACGGUAGCGGUGCGGCGCUCAGCAAUCAUCAACCUCAUCCACAUUCGCAUUCGCAUCCGCAUACACAUCCUCACCAGCAGCAGUCGCAGCAACAGCAACAGCAGCCGCAGCAGCAACAGCAACAUCAAAACACCAAAACGCCCAACACAAACAACAGCAACACACAAGCAACACCAACGGGAGCAGCAACAGCUGCUAGCAAACUACAACCGGGAAACACCAACACACCAACGAAAGCUUCGCGGGAGGCAACUCCCACACGGGAGCAACAUCAGGCACAUGCCACGCCCACACGCGAACACCAGCAGCAAACGCCCACCCGCCAGCAGCAACUGCAACGCGAGCAACGCGAACAACGGGAGCAUCGCGAGCAGCAGCAACACCAACGCGAACGGCAGCAACAUUUGCGUGAGCAACGCGAACAACGCGAGCGGGAGUACCAACACGAACACGAACACCACCACGAACAACACCAACACCAUCACCAUCGUGAGCAUCACGAGCAACACCAUCACCACCGUCAUCAUCACUCAUCUGGAUCACAGCAGCAACACCAACGCUACAGCAGCAGCAACAGCUACAAAUCUCAUAAUAAUUCCGUUUACCAGUAAGGAGAAACCGAGAAACAAGAGUCAAAAAUGCAAUUCUAGCAAUUGGAGCCACAAUUUUUUGGAAACAUUCUUUCAAAACUGCAACAGCAAUUCAAUCAGUAAACAGUUUAAUUGUGCUACCUUUGUUAAAACAAAAAAGACCCCCGCCCUCUCAUGCACGCCUCUUUCUACACUUAACACAACGCGCUUGUCAGAAAAUAAAUACAAAAUUGCCCCAAAAUUUCCCGGCUAAAUCCCAUUGAAACUGAAUUUUAUGAGCCGCCAUAUCCCGCUUAACUAGGCCCAUAGAAGUGUGUUUAUUUGUUGUAGCUGACGAGAUGCCCUUAGCAACAAAAAAAGGUUAAAGAAAAGUGAGUCCAAGAGACCUGUUUGUAAGAAAUCCUACUUUAAGUUUCGUCUUUUCGUUUAAUACGUUAAACACUUCCCGAAAUAUCAAAAGUAAAAUUUUAACACUGCCGAGGUUAAAAAAAAAAAUAAAAGUAUUAACAUAAAAAGCAAGGGCAUCUCACUCUCACUUGGCUUUCCGUUCUAUGUCUCCCCCUGGAAAAUCUCUUUUAAUAUUAGAACCAAGAACCACUCCGAUCCUCAACUAAAAUAACCAAUGACAAGAC